GGCGGCGGGGCCUCUGCGGACCCCGGGAUCGGCGGGGAUGGGGUCUCGGGGGGUCCGGCUGGGAGCGGUGCCGCUCCCGCAAGGGAGAAGCGGCGCAGGAGGGAGGAGCGCUGCCCCUGUGCUCGCUGGGAGGGGUCCCUGCAAGGCGGCCCGGGAUGGAGGGGAAUCAUCCAGCAGGUUCCACCCCCCCAACCUCCCCAGAGCGCAUCGGAGGCGUACUGGGGGGGGGCAUGGCAUGGCAGCCUCACUGAGCCGACCCUUCUUCAUCUCUCUCCACGUGCCCUACAGGCAGGGCUGGGCCCAGGACUUGGCCAACACCUUUCGCUUCCAUCCGGUAGCUGUGCGGGAGACACCGUGGGUGCGGCAGCUGGCCUUGCGACGGGGAUCUGCCGUCUUCCUCAUCAACGAGCGCCUGGCACCAGGGCGCACUGGUGCUUCCUCCCAUGAUUUCCUCUAUGAUGUGGACCCCCAGCCUGCCCUGGGCACAGCCUCCAACGUCUGCUUCGAGGUGGAUGACGUGCCGUUGCUCUGCGAGCGGCUGCAGAGCCGUGGGUGCUCCGUGCCAGUGCCGCCCACUGAGGUGGGGGAUGAUGGUGGCUCUGUCACCUAUGGGGUGGCAAGCUCCAUCGUGGGCAAUGUCAGCCAUACCCUUCUGGACCGAUCCCGCUACCGGGGACCCUUCCUGCCUGGCUUCCAGCCCAUCAAAAGAGUCCCCUCAACUACAGGGGAUAGGAUUGACAUCACCCACUUUGACCACAUCACGUAUGUCUGCCCACGGGGCGGCGCUCGGACAGCUCUGGACUGGUAUCAGCGCUGCUUUGGCUUCCACCGCUUCUUUCUUAACCCGCAGGAGAGGCCAGCUGAGGGGUACGUACUUGGGGGGCAGGGGGUGGGCAUGCUGCUCCUCGCACUGCAGAGCGCCCAGAGCACCCCGGCACAUGGCUGCAAGCUUGUCUUUGCUGAGUCCCUCUCGGAGGAUGGCACCAACCAAGUUGACACCUUCCUAGAGCAGCAUGGUGGGGCCGGGAUCCAGCACGUCGGCCUCCACACAACUGACAUUGUCACCACAACGAGGGCUUUGCAGCAGUGGGGUGCACGGUUCUUCACUCCCCCCACUGCCUAUUACAGCCAGGGGGGCAAAGCGGAGGAGAUCCGGGGGGCUGGGCAGGACCCCCACUUAUUGGCAGAGCUGGGCAUCUUGCUGGACACGACAGUGCCUGGGGACAAAGGCUGGACGGGUGCCCAUGCCCCAGAGAGCCCUUCCCAGGAGUAUUUGAUGCAGAUCUUCACCCAUCCCAUCUUCUCUGAAGAAACUUUCUUCCUGGAGCUCAUUGACCGGCGGGGAGCGCCAGGCUUUGGAGAAGGCAAUAUACGGGCACUGUGGAAAGCUGUGCAGGUCUAUAUGGACCGGCAGCAGUAGUGGCAAUGCCACAGUCCUCCUCCCUCAGCUCUCCAUCCUCUCCAGUCCACCCCUGGAGUAACACUGUAGUAGAGAUACCAGCAAGUGCCUGCAGUGUGGCCCAGGUGGGCAGGGACCAAGGGAGGUCUCCAGGUGAACCCAGAGCCAACUCAGUGUGGGAGCAAGUUACUCAGGGCCACAGCCAGCAUGGCUCUGAGCAUCCUGCUAAGGAUGGAGGGUAAUUUUUCCCCUUCCCUGGGUUCCCAGUGAUUUACUGAUCCCACAUGAAGAACUUUCUGUCUUAGUUUCCUCUUAACUUAAUGUGACUUAUGCCUGCAGUGUGGCCGAGAACACUCCUGGCACAGCAACACUCCCAGACACAGGGGGAUGAGGGGCUGCUAGAGGGGACUGGAUAACCCGGGAGCCAUGGACACAGCAGUUCAUCAACAGUUACCACCUUCUGCGGGGCAAGCCAUGGCCUCUUGCUCCUCUCCAUUAAAGAAUAAAUU